CUGUCUUCGUAGCCAAAGCCAAGGACAUACCCUUCAGCAACAAACAACAGGUGAGAGGUGAGGCCACGAGGCCACAUGGCACGAUCAUGAUCCAGAAACAAUUACGAUCCGUCAGGUUGGCCUGUUCGCUGCAUCAUCACCCACACGCUUUCUUUGCGCCAAGCUGCUCCUGCACCAUGCCGAAGACCCACCCUUUCUUCCUCGUCCUGUUCUCGACGGCCAUCUUCACCGAUGUUGCAAGAGCCGAGCUGCCGGACUUCCCCAUGACGCUUGCUGACAUGGAGGUCCUCGCGGGCUACUACUCCGCCGACGGCAAGUACCUCGGCGGAAUGCCCAAGGCCCACACGUUGAGCCGAGAGAUCUACGACUGCACAGACUUCCAAUACUCCGAGCCGAACAACACGGCGUCGAAUGCAACGUAUUGUACGGGGUGGAGCGCGGACGAGUCGUACGGCGGCGGUUUUCAGCUGGGCGACUGCGAGUGCAAGUUCAGCGCGUCGAACGGUGCUUACUGCUCGGACUGGAUCUGCGAUCAAGAAAACUCAGACUACACGUUGUGCCAGUGCGAUGACACUGGUGCUGCAGAAGGCCUCUUCUGCAACGCCUGGUCAUGCAAGCAGAUAUGCUCGGGGGGCAGGGCGGAAUUUGAAGACUACCGCUGCCAGCGACCUUCACCAUCCGGCCACUAUUGCGAGGCCUGGAACGGCAACGUGACCGCUAGCGACGAGUUUGAGAUCGUGUCGUGCGAGUGCCUGGCCAACUGGCACGGCGAUCAAGUCUGUUCCUUCUGGGAGUGUGAAGAGCUUGGCCUGUCCACGUGCAGCAGUGCAGGCGCAAGCUGGUGCGACCUGGGAGUGUCCAUCGGCGUUGGCGGCGGGAUAGGGCUCCUGGGCGUGCUUGUGAUCUGUUACGGCAUCGGUUUAGUCGGCCGGAUAGAUUCAGAAGGACAGUCGGACACCACGGCCGGCCUCAUGGGCAUUGCGCUCGGAACAGUCUGGUGCUUGUCAUGGUCUUCGGGCGUCGUCAUCUGGGGGGGCGAGGCCGGGGCUACCUACGUGGGCAUCAUGUGGGGUGUGCCCAUCGUGCUGGCGGCGGUGGUGGCGGCGUUCCGGUGCUUCGCCGUCUACCGCGUUCGCACCAAGGACGAGCAAGAACUGCCGGUCUCCAGUGCAUGAAGGACGUAAUAGCCACAAGGGCCCCUAAACGUCAGGGACAACAAAGUUGCGUUGCCGUCGGCUGGGUUAGAACGACGUCAGAGCCUCUCCUCCUCACGUUGUUGCGUUCUGUCCGCUGUGUCCGGGCGACCUCUUGCCAAUUGCACGCUCGCGUGAACUCGCUUGUCGUCGCGGCAAAUUAAUCACCGUGAGAAUCUCGGCAACGUCAGACUGGUGAAAGGCGGCGAAACGACCGGCCGCGUGAGCAGUUCUACUGUAGCGAGUGAUUGCGGUGGGUCGGUCUUGUGAGUACAGGGCAAAAGCACUGUUACCCUUGUAGAUGUUUCUCCUUCUUUUUCAGUGUCGUGCAACAACUCGGAGCGUUGCAGUGCGUACAGCGCGGUAUCUCCCUCAACUUGCAAAAGCCGGGAUGGGUUUCCGGGAUCAAGCAGGGAGAAUAUUUUUGGGAACGGUCGUCAGCAACUGCGCUUCCAACCCUACGGCAUGGAAAGGAAAUAUCUUCCAUGCUGCUCAAACGGGGUUCAAUACGAUAUUCGCAUCUAUGGGACGGGGGCGCGGGGGCUGAUACGUGCGGCAUCACCUUGGGUUUGAAAGCCCAAGGUCGACGCGCACAUAUGGCAAACAGCCCUGCUUUCAAUGCCUCCGGUUUGAUGUGGUAUUACCGUAGUUAUAGUGUUGAUCAGACAACGCUGCUGUUGGUGGUUAUGCAACAAACAGCCCGCGAGUGUGCAGAUUGUGUGUUACGCAUGUGCAGCCAUAGGUACGCGGGAAAUGGUAUUGUAGCACGGUACAGCCUUGACGACAGGACAGUGUUGGUGUGUUUGGUAGUAAAGGAGUAGGGGCCGUAUUAAGUUGUUUUUCUUGUCGCCUCGUCAAUGGUCCUGUUCAAAUACACUGGCGGCUGCACAGCCACGGCCUCCUCGUCGUGCCCGUCCCUGUUUCGCCGUUCGUUGGAUGUGUGCACCACCUGGUGAACGGCAGACUUCGCGGCAAAUCGGCCUUCACCCGCGUAGAGAUUAACGAGUAGGGAGUGGAUCCAACCACACCAGGCGUUGGCAUUUCCACUUGUCCAAUAGUUGAUAGAAAUCAUGAAAGCUUUCAGGAAAAAGCUGUCGUGGAAUCUCGUGGAAGCAUGUGGAUGCCCAUGUCAGAUUCCAUGCUUCCCAUGACGGCGUCCACGGGAGCGGCUUCAACGACCAUGGAAUAACGUGGAAGCUUAAGCC